CUUAAUACCAAUAAUUAUGAUAAAGUUUGUGAUCCUGUUGUGUGCAUCUGUUUUUGCAGUUGCUGUUGUGGCUCAAAGACCUGGUGGUUUAAUGGGCGUGGAAGAGCCAACUCCAGAAGUUAAUAGGAUAGUGGACGAUUUAAAAGGUGAUAUAGAGGCCAUGCUUGGGGAAAAAAUGAAAAAGUUCACGGUUAUUUCCUACAGGAAACAAGUUGUAGCAGGAACAAACUAUUUCAUUAAGAUUAAGUAUGGUCUUAAGUACGUCCAUAUCAGAGUUUUUAAAUCACUUGGAGGAGGAGUUACAUUGGCAAAAGUGGAAACUGGACAUAAAUUAAAUGAUCUUAUUGAUUAUUUCCAAUGAUUUUCUUAUCCUGAAUACAAAGAGCUGACUGUAUAAAGUAGUAUUAAAUAAACAAAUCCUAAUCUGUUAAA